AUGUGUGAUGGAGCCACAUUGUUGGGGGAGACCAGCUGUCCACUGAAAGUCACCGAGGACAUCUGGUUCAGAUGUUGUUCCUGCACCUUUGUCACUAAAGAUCAGUGUGGAAUUGUGAGCCACCUGGCGGCCCAUGGUGAUGAACAAUCCAAGUGCCAGCAUCUUCCCCUUUCAGGUUCUAAGUCCCAAGUGCUUGGCAAAACUCAAAAGCACAAGAGUGAAAAAUCAUUUAAGUGCAAGCUUUGCUCCCAAGAUUUUGCUUAUGAUUCCCUUCUGACCUGUCAUGAUCAAAUACACACUGGUGAAAAGCCAUUUAAGUGCAAGCUUUGCCCCAAAGAGUUUGUUUGUAAUUCCCUUCUGACCUACCAUAAUCAUCUGCACACUGGGAAAAAGCCUUUUAAGUGCAUGCAAUGCCCCAAAGCCUUUGCUCUAAAUUCCCAUCUGCGAACCCAUAAUCGAACGCAUACUGGUGAAAAGCCGUUCAAGUGCAAGCAGUGCCUCCAAGCCUUUGCUUCGAGUUCCAAUCUGCGAAGCCAUAAUCGAACACACACUGGUGAAAAGCCAUUUAAGUGCAAGCAAUGCCCCCAAGCCUUUUCUCAAAAUUGUCAUCUGCAAUUGCAUAAUCGAAGGCACACUGGUGAAAAGCCAUUUAAGUGUAAGCUGUGCCCACAAGCCUUUUCUCAUAAUACCAGUCUGAUCCGCCAUUAUCGAAAAAAGUGUUUAAAGGGAAACGAGUAA